CAUUCGGUAGGUUGGCGCACGCACGGACCAAUAGGAAUCGCCGUAUUGUUCCUGGAUCUCGGGGUGAGAGUUGACUGGAACAUGUGGUUAGACAUGGCUGCGCCCUGCUGGCAUUGAGGACCGUGACUGUUGAACACUGGAUGGAAUAGUUUAGCGCUUAUUCGAAAGCUCUUUUGUGGAUCAACAUGGCAGACAACGGGAUGUUCGUGAAAGACACAGGCCAAGGCCAGACAAUAUCCAGGGCGAUGAUUAUUGAAAUGCUGAAUAAAAAGUUUGAAAAACUCCCUGAUAUCGACAAAAAACUCUUUUCAUACGGCCCCAUAUAUUUGGCUGGCAACGCUGGGUUUGCUGGCUUGGUUGCCAACAGCUUUUUCAGACGUGUACUCAAUGUCACCCAAGGACGAUUUACUUCCAGCCUUCCUAUGGCUGUUCUUCCCUUUCUGACAACUGCAGCACUUUACACUGCGACCGUAACAAACCCUUUAAUGUCAGGUGACCUGAACUGCUCAACCUGUACCCUGAUAAGAGGGGCUUUGGUUGGUGUAGUUGGUGGUGGCAUAUAUCCCAUUUUGUUGGCCUUACCGGUCAAUGCUGCUCUUGCAGCCAGGUAUAACAGUGCACCAAUGCCAGAAAAGGGGAACAUGAUACGCUUCUGGACAAAUGUCAGCAAACCCAUUGUACACAAGAUGUAUGUUGUUUUGCUGCUGCAGGGUUUGUUUGGAACCUACUUGAGCUCUAAACAGCUUGAUAUCUACCUAAAAAUGCUGAAAAUAACCGAUUCUGACGGCGAACAGCUUCAUGGUUAGCAGUUAUUGUUAUUUAUAUUGAUUUUGUAAAUCUUUUUGUUAAAAUAAGUGAAACACGCUUGCCCAAUGCCAUAACCCAGUCUGGUCAGUUUUGUUCUUGGUUUUGAUGUCUGAUCAAUAAAUUCCAUUCACUAUACCUUUGCACUCUCUGCCCAAAAGGGAGAAAUCUACCGAAGUUUCCAAAAAAUAACCUAAACCACAAAUUGAUGUACUUAAAAGAAUUUGAUGUCUUUUCUUAUACCUCAGAAGUCUCUGAAUAAUGUAAACUGCCUGGCCGUUAUUUUACUACAGAUACUACAAAACAUUAACUAGAGCUUUGCCUAAACAACCAUUUGGUUUGUGUGCAUGUAUGAAAGGAAAAUAAAGUGGAUAAAAAGUGGUGCAAACACAUAACUUUUGCUAAUGUGUAACUUAUAAAAUUAUCAAAUGGAGAACAUGUGAAGCAAUAACAAGUUUAGCUACUAAUAACAAAAACAAUGCACUGGGAAACAAGCUUAUGGACCUUAAUUACAAUGUGCAUUUACUGCCACAAAGAGAUCUUUUAAUGUGAAUUUCCAAUUCCCGACCACAACAAACAGUUCUGAAAUGUAAACAGAGAAAUAUCAGCAUUAGCUUUUAAAUAAAAUCAUAAAAACGCCAUUUAGUCAUCGCAUUUCAGAAGAUCUAGAUUAAUAUUGUCACUUGAAUUUUUCAGUAACAUUUUACAAUGUAGUUUUAUCAUCUUGUUGAAAUCAUCUGACAAGCUGUUAUCAAGCUACUAUCAAAAAGUGUUUCUAUACCUGAUGCAACAGUGUUGUAACAGAUUCAUUAUGAUGUUCGUUCUAUACACUCUGACAGCAGUAUGAAGUACCAUGAAUAAAAAUAAAUAAAAACAUCAGCUGCAGUUAUACAUUUCAGAACUGCUUGGGUUGAUCUGCAGUCGUUAAACAUGAUCAACAAUGGCCCAAACAGAAUAACUGCAUUCGUUUUUUUGGGGGGGGUGGGGGUGGUGUCAGUGUUACCACAGCCCUUAAGGAAUUUUGCAGUAUACACUUGUAUAUAAUAGGGAGAAACCACCACCACUCUUUAUCCACCCUGUUGAGUGAUAAGAA